AUGUCGGCUAAGAAACUCAUAGUAUGCGGUGGGAACGGAUUUGUCGGAUCUAGAAUAUGCAAAUAUGCCGUUGCUAGAGGUUGGGACGUAACAUCUAUAAGUCGUUCAGGUGAACCGAGAUGGGACACAAUUACAGCAUCAGACAAACCUCCACAAUGGGCUCGGAAAGUGACCUGGGAGCGUGCUGAUAUCAUGCGCCCAGCAACAUACGCACCUCUACUCAAGGGUGCCGAUUUUGUCGUCCACAGCCUCGGUAUUCUACUAGAAGCCGACUAUAAAGGCGUGUUGCGAGGCCAAGAAUCGCCCAUCGAGGGAUUACGGAAGGCAUUCUCGUCCGCGCCGCAGCCCGGGAACCCGCUGGACCGUAAGGUGCCGGAAGGCAGUAAUCAGGAUAUCCGGCCGCCAGAAACUCGAAACCAGCUCACGUACGAGAGCAUGAACCGUGACAGUGCCAUUAUGUUAGCCAAGGAGGCUGCGCGUGAAAAUGUCGCCGCUUUCGCGUAUAUCUCGGCGGCUGCUGGUGCCCCUGUAUUACCCACAAGGUAUAUUACGACAAAGCGUGAGGCCGAGAGUACUAUCGCUAGCGAGUUCCCACGUAUGCGAGGUGUUUUUAUUCGCGCGCCGUUCCUAUACGAUAGCUCGCGACCCAUCACUAUCGGGAUGGCAGCCAUGACGGGGCUAGGCGCUGCCUUUAACGGGUUCACGCGCGGAGUCCUAGGCGGUUUUAUGGGCGCCGCCGGCGUCAAGCCCCUAAAAGUAGACAUCGUGGCCGAGGCAGUCGUCGAAGCCCUAGGUGAUGAGAAGAUCAAAGGACCCGUGGAACUCGCUGAGAUCGAGGAGCUAGCUAACAAAUCGUGGAGGAAGACCAUGGUCUGA